AUGGCGGUCACGAACACAGCGGAGACAGCGGAGGACAUCACGCUGAAUGAGAAAUCCCCGUUGACAGAGCACACGUCAAACGAUUCACAUCAUCAUGGCGCAAACACCCUCUGGAAUGAGAAGGCACGCCCAGAGAACGAGCCCGCCGGAGAGACCGAACCACUUCUGGUGCAGGGGGCUGCGGGGCGACUGCCGGAGGAUGUCUACGAAAGAACGCUUAGCACCUGGCGGAACGCGAUCCGCAAAUCGCUGAACAACACCGUGCAGUGGGAGACCCGGGUGUUGAGCAAGAUGCAAGAAUAUGUUCGACAUCCUAUACUCGAUGUGUAUUUUGUCUACACGUCUUCGCUCGGCACGCAUACGUUCUUCAUGAUUAUGAUCCCUGCCUUGUUUUUCUUUGGGCAUAUGGACUUCGGGAGACGGUUGAUCAUGGUGCUGGCUCUUGGUGUCUACACCACGUCCUUCAUCAAAGAUCUCAUGUGCUCCCCGAGGCCAUACGCACCGCCAGUGACGCGACUCAUGCUCGGCAAUCACCAUCUGGAAUACGGGUUUCCCUCGACGCAUUGCACAAACAGCGUAUCCAUUGCGCUCAUGUUUUUCUCUGUGCUGCGCGAGCUCUACGUUACGCCUGUACUUCCCUCGAGCCCGGCAUUCGUGAAUGGCGCAGAACUAACACAAAAUGCGACUGAAGUUAUCGCAGACAUACUGACGCAGGCAGAGGAGACCGUCGUGUCCUCGAUGACGUAUUAUGUGCUUUCCUUUGUGCUGCUCGUCUACGUCUUCUCUAUCGUGUAUGGCCGGCUUUAUACGGGCAUGCAUUCGUUCACGGACUGCACCGUCGGCGUCAUCAUGGGCGUGUUCGUAUAUGGCAUCGAUGUAGUUUUCGGUGCGCACCUUGACGCACUGAUCACGAAUAACGGCUGGCCUGUUCCCUGCGUGACGAUCCCGCUGUGCCUGCUGCUCGUGCACUGGCACCCGCAGCCCGUGGACGACUGCCCGUGCUUCGAAGACGCGAUCGCGUUCAUCUCCGUGGUCAUGGGUGAGAUCCUCGUGCGCUGGUGGAUGCGCCACAACGGCUUCGAUGGGGACUUCUUCAAGAUCGUCAUGCGGGGGAGCUCAUGGGCAACCUGGUUGGACGUCACGACAUGGUUCGCGAUCGCGGCCCUCAAGCUGGUCACUGGCAUCCUGACCAUCUUCGCCUGGCGCAUCUUCGCGAAGGCGCUAUUUCACAUGAUCUUGCCGCCGAUAUUCCGGCUGCUCUCGCACUUGUUCACGCUUCCCCACCGGCGCUUCUACACGCCCGCGACGGACUACACGACGAUGCCGCCCGAGAAGGGUCUACGCCCGAUCCCGUCCGUCAUCGACCUCCCGCACAUGAUGGAGCUGCAGCACGACGAAGGUGGCGCGAGCGGGCGGAGGUACGGGAACGCAUACGGGCACAGUAAGAGCGCAGUGAAGCUCCGGAAUGCGCGCGUGAAAAUAUCGGAGAAGGGGAUAGAUUCGAAAGACAAGACGGGGUUAGAGUUGGAGGAGUCUGGCGGAAAGGUCGACGCGGUGGUCAAGCACUACGACGCUGAUGUGCUGACGAAAGUGUUCGUGUAUUGCGGCAUAGCUCUGAUGUCGUGUGGGGGCAUCCCCAUAGUGUUCGAGCUGCUGGGGUGGGGUGUCAAGGGAUAG